UCAGGCUCUCGACUUAGCAGCAGAGAAAGCCAAGCACAGAAUUAACCACAAAUCAUGGAGAUGGAGCUCAAUCUCGUCUCGUACGUGUCCAUCGCCCUGUUCGUCCUCUCGGGCGCGUACGUCUACCACGCGACGCGGAGCCGGUCGCCGAGGCAGCGGCUCCCGCCGGCGCCGCCCGGGUGGCCCGUGAUCGGCCACCUCCACCUGCUGACGGACAUGCCCCACCACGCGCUGGCGGAGCUGGCAAAGACCAUGCGCGCCCCGCUGCUCCGGCUCCGGCUCGGGAGCGUCCCGGCCGUGGUGAUCUCCAAGCCCGACCUGGCCCGCGCCGCGCUCACCAGCAACGACGCGGCCAUGGCGUCCCGCCCCCACCUCCUCUCCGGCCAGUUCCUCUCGUUCGGGUGCUCCGACGUGACCUUCGCCCCCGCGGGGCCGUACCACCGCAUGGCGCGGAGGGUGGUCGUCUCCGAGCUCCUCUCGGCGCGCCGCGUCGCCACCUACGGCAGCGUCCGGGGCAAGGAGCUCCGCCGCCUGCUCGCGCACCUCACCAAGAACACCGCGCCGGGAACGCCCGUCGACCUCAGCGAGUGCUUCCUCAACCUCGCCAACGACGUGCUCUGCCGCGUGGCCUUCGGCCGCCGGUUCCCGCACGGCAAGGACGACAAGCUUGCCGCGGUGCUCGCCGAGGCCCAGGACCUCUUCGCCGGGUUCACCGUCGGGGACUUCUUCCCGGAGCUCGAGCCCUUCGCGAGCACCGUCACCGGGCUCCGCCGCCGGCUGAAGAGCUGCCUCGCCGACCUCCGCGAGGUCUGCGACGACAUCGUCGAGGAGCACGUGAGCGGAAAGCACCAGCGCCUCCCCGGCGACCGCGACGAGGACUUCGUCGACGUGCUCCUCCGCGUCCAGAAGUCGCCCGACCUCGAGGUCCCGCUCACCGACGACAACCUCAAAGCCCUCGUCCUGGACAUGUUCGUCGCCGGCACGGACACGACGUUCGCGACGCUGGAGUGGGUGAUGACGGAGCUGGUGCGCCACCCGCGCAUCCUUCAAAAGGCGCAGGAGGAGGUCCGGCGGGUGGUGGGCGGCAAGGGCCGGGUGGAGGAGUCGGACCUGGCGGAGCUCCACUACAUGCGCGCCAUCAUCAAGGAGACCUUCCGGCUGCACCCGGCGGUGCCGCUGCUCGUGCCGCGGGAGACCGUCGCGGCGUGCACUCUCGGCGGCUACGACAUCCCGGCCAAGACCCGCGUCUUCAUCAACACCUUCGCCAUGGGCCGGGACCCGGAGAUCUGGGAGGAGCCGCUGGAGUACUCGCCGGAGCGGUUCGAGGUGGCCGGCGCCGGCGGCGAGAUCGACCUCAAGGACCCGGACUACAAGCUGCUGCCGUUCGGCGGCGGGCGCAGGGGGUGCCCGGGCUACACCUUCGCGCUGGCCACGGUGCAGGUGUCGCUGGCCAGCCUGCUGUACCACUUCGAGUGGGCGCUGCCGGCCGGCGUGCGCGCCGAGGACGUGAGCGUGGAGGAGACCUUCGGGCUGGCCACCAGGAAGAAGGAGCCGCUCUUCGUCGCCGUCAGCAAGAGCGAUGUGUACCAGUUCAAGGGGGAGGAGCUCAACGAGGUUUAAAUUAUUUUUGCUUAGUAAUAUCUUGUCAUGCAAGUAGGUUUUUUCUCUUCUCUUCAGACAAUGCAAAUAAGAGAGUAGGUAGCUAGGUAAAAAAACAAAAGCAAGGAAGAGAGAGAAUAGGUAAAAUAAAAAUGGAUCUAGUACCGCACGUGUUGGUGCCUGACUUGCUGUGGUAAGAGACGUGUAUGUGUGUAAUUUUGUUGUGGUAAUUCUUCUAAAAAAAUGCAAUAUUUUGUAGUCA